AAUUGUUCUCUCCCACUCGCACUUUAAUUGCACUAUAUACUCUUUCUUGGAGAUUCCGUUUAAAUUGUCCGUCCACCGUUUUGCAAAAUUCAAUUGUCGUUUUUGCAAUAUCCAUCCAUCGUUCUUGCGAAGUUCGUAUUGUCGUUUUCACAAUACCUACCGCAGUUCUGGCUCUCACGUUAUUUUAUCUUCAUUAUCUUUAGAUACAUAAUAACCUCUGCCACUAUUUCCUUUAUAAACUCAAACACAACAGCAAUAGUAAUACACAGAUAAUAACAUCAUGAUUCCCUACGGUGGUGACAGCACAACACUCAUCUUAGCAGUCUUAACAAUAACCGCAGUAACUUGGUACAUUUACAUCUUCUUCUUCAGAACUAAAUACCAAAAUUUACCGCCAGGCCCGUCGGGCCUUCCUUUCUUCGGGAACCUUCUAUCUCUUGAACCAGAACUUCACACUUACUUCGCGGGGCUGGCACACAUUCAUGGCCCGAUUUUCAAGCUCUGGCUCGGUAGCAAACUCGGAAUCGUCGUGACUUCACCUUCCACGGCGCGUGAGGUUCUUAAAGAGCAUGAUACGGUUUUCGCCAACCGUGACGUCCCUGCCGCCGGUAGAGCAGCAACUUACGGAGGCUCUGAUAUCGUAUGGAGCCAGUAUGGACCGGAGUGGAGGAUGCUGAGGAAAAUUUGCGUGGUGAAGAUGCUUAGCAAUACAACUCUUGAUUCUGUUUACGAGCUUCGCCGUGGCGAGGUUCAGAGAACGGUCAAGUAUAUUCAUGAUCGGGUGGGUUCAAAAGUGAAUAUUGGGGAGCAAGUUUUUUUAACGGUGUUAAACGUGAUUACGAACAUGAUGUGGGGUGCGGGGGUGGAAGGGGAUGAGAGGGAGAGUUUAGGGGCGGAAUUCAGGGAGGCGGUAGCGGAGAUGACAGUGCUGUUGGGGAAGCCGAAUCUGUCGGACUUUUUCCCUGGGUUGGCCCGAUUUGAUUUGCAAGGGGUGGUGAAAGAGAUGGACGCUUUGGUUCCUCGUUUUGAUAGAAUAUUUGAGAAGAUGAUUGGGGAACGUACGAAGAAGGAAGAGGACGGAAAAGAGAAUGAAAGUAAAGAUUUUCUGCCGUUUUUGUUGAAUUUGAAGGAAGAGGGUGAUUCCAAGACUCCAUUCACAAGCACUCACGUUAAGGCACUUCUCAUGGACAUGGUAGUGGGUGGAUCAGACACAUCCUCCAACACAAUUGAGUUUGCAAUGGCAGAAAUGAUGAACAAUCCAGAAGUGCUGAGGAAGGUUCAAGAGGAGUUAGAAAUUGUAGUUGGAAAAGAUAACUUAGUAGAAGAGUCUCAUAUUCAUAAGUUACCUUACUUGCAUGCAGUGAUGAAAGAAACCCUACGAUUGCACCCGGUGCUUCCGCUUAUGGUCCCUCACUGCCCAACUGAAACCACCAAAGUUGGUGGCUACACGAUUCCCAAGGGAUCUCGUGUGUUUGUGAACGUUUGGGCUAUUCAUAGAGAUCCUUCUGUUUGGGAGAAUCCACUAGAAUUUGAUCCUACAAGGUUCUUGGAUGGGAAAUGGGAUUAUAGUGGAAACGACUUCAGUUAUUUUCCAUUUGGUUCUGGAAGAAGGAUUUGUGCUGGGAUUGCAAUGGCUGAGAGGACUGUUUUGUACUUUACAGCUACCCUUGUGCACUUGUUUGAUUGGGCAAUACCCCAAGGAAAACAAUUGGAGGUUGCUGAGAAAUUUGGUAUUGUUCUUAAAAAGAAGACGCCUCUCCUUGCUAUUCCCACGCCACGAUUGUCCAAUCCAGAUCUUUAUAAAGAAAACUGAACUAUUUCGUAGGAUGGAAAAGUGUCACAUGCAUUUUAUGAAGGUGAAUGCUUGAAAAUCGCUUAAAAUAUAAUUGAGUUUUGAGAUGAUAAUAAGCUUCUCGUAUGUAGAGAGUAACAUUAUUAGAGUUUUGGAGGAUUUUCAAUUCAAGCAUCAGUUUAUUAUAGAUUA